CUCAAACCUGCUCGUCUCAGGUUAUGUUCUUGGUUAACCUGAGGUUUCCGAUUAACCACACCCUUUUUAAACACCACCUCUCCACCGACAUUUCCUCUAGAGACAAUGCCAGCGUACCUGGAUGACCCGUGUGAUAUCGGAGCGCAGAUUGUGAGGGGCUCUCUCCGGAGGGCGAGGGUAUUUAGAGACCGCCAGAAUCCGCUGGCAUACCCGGACGAUGUGCUUUAUGAACGAUAUAGAUGCUCAGCUGAGGGAAUUCGUUACCUUUGCCAGCUGAUCAAGGCAGGCGUCUGCAGUGUAACCCGCCGAAGCCAGGCCCUCACAAUCGAGCAAAUUAUGUGCUUGUCAUUGCGUUACUUUGCCAGUGGACAAUAUAUGUAUUCCGUCGGUGAUGCUGAAAACCUCAGUAAGAACACGGUCUGUCGUAUGAUUCGCAAAGUGGUACUUGCCCUAAACAAACUGAUGAAUGCAUUUGUCGUGUUCCCUGGGCAUUUAACCGCACUUCAGAUCAAAGAAGGGUUUUAUGCAAUCGCAGGUUUCCCAAGAGUAAUAGGAGCCAUUGACUGCACUCACAUCCGCAUCAGUGCACCCCUGGGAGAGCAUGAGGCGGAUUAUGUGAAUAGAAAAUCCUUCCAUACCAUCAACGUACAGAUGACAUGUGACCACCAGUCGAUGAUAACCAGCCUGGAUGCAAGAUGUCCAGGGUCUGUCCACGAUUCCCGCAUAUUUAGAGAAUCCUCACUAGCUGCGGGAUUCGAGGAAGGGCGAUCUGAUGGUAUCCUGCUCAGGGACCGUGGAUACCCAUGCUUGAAACACCUCCUGACACCAUUCGCAGACCCUCAAACAAGGGCCCAGAGAGCCUUCAAUCAUGCCCACAGUGUUACAAGAGCACAAAUUGAGAUCACGUUCGGCAUAUUGAAGGCUUGGUUUGCCUGCCUAAAAGGCCUGCGUGUGAGGCCAGAGAAGGUCUGUCAAAUAACAGCGGCAUGUGUGGUACUGCAUAACAUAGCCACCAUCAGAGAAGAAAGGGUUCCCAAUUAUGUUCCCUCACCCCCCGAUGUUGUUGACCCCAUGACCCUGGACCAUCCCACAGACCGUUCAGUGAGAGAGGCCAUCACGAGCCAAUUUUUCAGCUAGUAACACAAAAUAAAGAAAAGCCAAAAUCACCACUCAUUCCUACUGCUGCGCACAUUGUCCACUCUGGCCUACAGAACCCCCACCCCAGAAUGA